GUUGCCAUCGUCAGCGCACUGCGCUGGACCGGCCAAUGUAACCUCAGGCAAUGAUCCAACACCAUGUGGUCGGACACCGGGCACAAUAUCAAGAAAUGUGAUUCAAAGUCGUCGUAUCCAUCCAAUGCAACGUUGGAGUCUGUGCUGCUGCCUUUCAUCGUACUGUGGACAAUCGUGCUGCUAAUGGCGUUUGACCAAGUUCGGACCAAAACUAUCAACUCGUUUGCUGGCCCGUACAUUGCAAUUGGCCAUAAAUUCGACACCUGCCCAUCGGACAGAACCAUAGAAGUACUUAUCCGUGUUAGCCACUUCAACCCUUCAAGACCCUACGAUCUGCAGACCAUUUCCGGAAACUUGUCACUCAAAGAAGACAUGAAGGACAAUUAUUGGUCUCGCGUUGACUUGGCCGUGCGAUCAAACAACCAAUGGAAAGAGAACGCCUUCGUCCUCAAUUUCCCAAGACUGGGAUGCUCUGCAAUCCGUGAACAUGCUCCCGACUUCUUCCGCAUCCUUGCGAAGCACACCGGCGCACCAACAGACAAGGCGACUCCCUGUGUCAUACCAUCGGGGGUUUACGUUUUGAAGAACGAAUCGGUGAGCUGGACGUUUCCCAACUUUCCGGUAAUACCGUACGGCCGCUACCGGUUUCGGGUAAUGUCACGCAGCACCAGCACCAGCCGCACUCCGGUUCUUUGCCUGGAAGUCGAAUGCGAAGCAAUCCCGAAACCGUAGACAGCGCCUCGUCUCAAUAAAAGGAAACAGAGUGAA